AUGACUGAAGCCGGACCAGUGACAUGGCAACAAUUUAAAGAGUUGUUCUUGAAGCAGUACUAUCCGACUGAGUUCAGGUUACAGAAGCUGAGUGAAUUUGAAAACUUUACUCAGGCUCCGAGUAUGUUUGUGGUGGAGUACACCUCAAAGUUCAACUCACUCGGGACUUAUAACCCAACCAUCAUGGUAGAUGACACCCUGAAGCUACAUCACUUCAAGAAGGAUUUGAGUAGCCAAAUUCAAUCAGUGUUAACAGUCUAUAAGCUAACCAACUUCACUGAUCUGAUGGGAGUAGUCAUUAGAGCCGAAACAGACAUCAAACGGCGUGAAGACAAGGGCAAGAACAAGCGACCCCUCACGAGUCAAUCUUUCCCAAUUAAACAAAGGUUAAAACGACCCAACCUAUUAAGUGGCCCAUCCAAAGGACCCUCUUUCACUUUGUCCUCCCAAGGCGUUAAGUCAUGUCCUACUUGUAACUUUAGACAUCUCGAAGAAUGCUGUAGGAUCUUCGGUGCAUACUUUAAUUGUGGAAAGAUGGGGCAUCGAAUUGCGGACUAUCCUAAACCCAAGAAACAAGGGACAGGGUCAAAUUCUAUUGCGGCCCAUAAUAAACUAAAGGAGAAUAAACCUAAUGCUCGGGUGUUCGCUAUGACUCAAAAAGAGGCGGAAGGCGCAAGCGAUGUGGUGGCGGGUACCAUUCUAAUCAAUAAAAUGAUUGCCUAUGUAUUAUUUGACUGUGGUGUCACUCAUUCUUUUAUAUCUAAAAGAUUCACUAAGAAGUUAGGACUCAGAGCUGAAGUACUUAAUGAACCAUAUAGAGUAGCGAUGCCCACUAAUAAGGUCAUCCAAACUCAUAAGUUGCAUCGAAGCUGUCAAGUCAGUAUUGGUAAUCAUACAUUCAAAGCUGAUCUGAUUCAACUAAACAUGGUUGAAUUCGAUGUCAUUCUUGGAAUGGAUUGGUUGGCCAAGAACCACGCAUUAGUGGAUUUCCACCGGAAGAAUGUCAAACUUCGGGCUUCGAGCCAAGAAGAAAUUAUCUACCAUGGCAAGGACAAGAAAAAGAGACUACUCCUGUCCGCAUCUCAGACUUGGAAAGCCAUGAGGAGCGAUGAUGAAAUCUAUCUAGCUAUGAUAAGCAAGGUGGAAGAGAAAACUAAGGCCAAGCUAGAAGAAAUUCCAGUCGUUCAAGAAUUCUCAGAUAUAUUUCCUGAGGAACUACCUAGUACAGUUCUAGACCAUGAAGUAGACUUUAAAAUUAAUUUAGCACCAGGUGUGACGCCAAUAUCGAGGGUACCCUACCGAAUGGCCCCGGUAGAACUCAAAGAACAACUUCAAGAGUUGUUAGACAUAAAAACAAAUUAG